GUAUAUGCGUGUUAGUGAAUGUGAGUACGGGGAAGCAGCGGCCGCCAUUUCAGAGAGUCCGCGGACGCCGUCGCAGGGUUGAAUCCUGAGCUGCCGAAGUCUCCGUCCUGCACUCCCGCGCGGGCUUCUCUAAUCCCAUUGUUUCUUUUAGAUUCGCUCGGGCCUAUCCGCCCUCGGAGCCCGAAAUUCGGGCUGGGCGUACCGCGGCCCGGGCCUAGAGACUUAACUGUAGCCACAGCGGCGGCGGCAGCAGCAGCCUUUUUUCCGAAUACGAGCACCACAGGGGCCCAGAAGCCCGCGCAGGCGUUUAGAGAAAAUGGCAGACGAUAUUGAUAUUGAAGCAAUGCUUGAGGCUCCUUACAAGAAGACUUGCCUAACGAUAUCUCACCUCUACUCCCAUGAAUUCACCUUUGAUUCCAGUGUGAACUGUCAAUCAUAAGGAUGAGAACAAGUUGAGCAGUGCUAAUGGCCAUGAAGAACGUAGCAAAAAAGUACUUUGCAUUUAAAAUUUAGAUCUUCUUACAUGGAAGAGGUCAAAUCCAGUUAUAGCAAAACACCUUUACAGCAGAGGCCAUAUAACCAAAAAGUCCAAAGGCCCAGCCCAGUGGACCAUUUACUUCAAUGAUGUUCAGUACAAAAUUCCACUGCCACUAAAGACUUUGGAAAGUCCCAUUAAGUUGUAACAGGAUUUGACUAUUAGUAUGGAUUUUUAUAACCCUUCUUUAGUUAACUUAAUAUUCUGCAAUUUGUUAUAGAGAAGUAUACUGCUUUCUUACAUCCUUAAAUAUUUGUCUGGGCUUUUAUGCAGAGAAAUGUAUAUCUUGAAUGUUUUAAUCAGGUUCCUGUCAUUUUACCUAUCUGGGGUUGCCUUCAGAUGUGGGUGGGGACUCAUUAAAAGUCCUAGGAAGACCUUAAGUUGAAAUUAGCUCUCCAAUAUUUGAGUGUUUCCUUUGAUAAAAUAAGUUUUGAGUCUAAAAAGAGGUAAAUAUGUUUGCUGCCUCUACUAUGGGCUAUAUACGAGCAGAGCAAAACUUUGUCUUAUUUGUGGAAGAUUGAGUUACUUUUUACUUUGUCCUCUAAUUGAUUAUAUUUAGGACUUAUAUAGCUAUUGCACAGACUUAUUAAAAGAUAGUGUCAGGUUUUUCAGGCAACAGAGUUGGAAUGUUCUCUGUUGCCCUUCUGGGCAUUGCUUUGAUGACUUCUAUAUAAAUAAUGAGUGUAGCCUAAUUUUCUGUCAUGUGCUACCUAGCAUAUACAUUUCUGACAGUCAGGUGGAUUAUCUUGAAAUUUUAGACAAAAGUUUCUGCCUCCUUGGAAAGCUCUACAUCUCCUUGUGAUUGGAGUGUGGGUUUCAAGAUUCCAGAAGGAGGAAAAAAAGCAAGAGCAGAAGUCGUAGUCAUGAACGAAAAAGAAGCAAAAGUAAGGAACGGAAGCGAAGCAGAGAUAGAGAAAGGAAAAAGAGCAAAAGCCGUGAAAGGAAGCGAAGUAGAAGCAAAGAAAGGAGACGGAGCCGCUCAAGAAGUCGAGAUCGCAGAUUCAGAGGCCGCUACCGAAGUCCUUACUCCGGACCAAAAUUUAACAGUGCCAUCCGAGGAAAGAUUGGGUUGCCUCAUAGCGUCAAAUUAAGCAGACGACGUUCCCGAAGCAAAAGUCCAUUCAGAAAAGACAAGAGCCCCGUGAGGGAACCUAUUGAUAAUCUAACUCCUGAGGAAAGAGAUGCAAGGACGGUUUUCUGCAUGCAGCUGGCAGCAAGAAUUCGGCCAAGGGAUCUGGAAGAGUUUUUUUCUACAGUAGGAAAGGUUCGAGAUGUGAGGAUGAUUUCUGAUAGAAAUUCAAGACGGUCCAAGGGAAUUGCUUAUGUGGAGUUUGUCGAUGUUAGCUCAGUGCCUCUAGCAAUAGGAUUAACUGGCCAACGUGUUUUAGGAGUGCCAAUCAUAGUACAGGCAUCACAGGCAGAAAAAAACAGAGCCGCAGCAAUGGCAAACAAUCUACAAAAGGGAAGUGCUGGACCUAUGAGGCUUUAUGUGGGCUCGUUACACUUCAACAUAACUGAAGAUAUGCUGCGGGGGAUCUUUGAGCCUUUUGGAAGGAUUGAAAGUAUCCAGCUCAUGAUGGAUAGUGAAACAGGUCGAUCCAAGGGAUACGGAUUUAUUACGUUUUCUGAUUCAGAAUGUGCCAAGAAGGCUUUGGAACAACUUAAUGGAUUUGAGCUAGCAGGAAGGCCAAUGAAAGUUGGUCACGUUACUGAACGAACUGAUGCUUCCAGUGCUAGCUCCUUUUUGGACAGUGAUGAACUGGAAAGGACUGGAAUUGAUUUGGGAACAACUGGUCGUCUUCAGUUAAUGGCAAGACUUGCAGAGGGUACAGGUUUGCAGAUCCCACCAGCAGCACAGCAAGCUCUACAAAUGAGUGGCUCCUUGGCAUUUGGUGCUGUGGCAGAAUUCUCUUUUGUUAUAGAUUUGCAAACAAGACUUUCUCAACAGACUGAAGCUUCAGCUUUAGCUGCAGCUGCCUCUGUUCAACCUCUUGCAACACAGUGUUUUCAAUUAUCUAACAUGUUUAACCCUCAAACAGAAGAAGAAGCUGGAUGGGAUACAGAGAUUAAGGAUGAUGUGAUUGAAGAAUGUAAUAAACAUGGAGGAGUUAUUCAUAUUUAUGUCGACAAAAAUUCAGCCCAGGGCAAUGUGUAUGUGAAGUGCCCAUCAAUUGCUGCAGCCAUUGCUGCUGUAAAUGCAUUGCAUGGCAGAUGGUUUGCUGGUAAAAUGAUAACAGCAGCAUAUGUACCUCUUCCAACUUAUCAUAACCUCUUUCCUGAUUCUAUGACAGCAACACAACUACUGGUCCCAAGUAGACGAUGAAGGAAGAUAUAUAGUCUCUUAUGUACAUAGCUCUUUUUCUUUUGAGAUUUCAUCUUGAGUUAUCUUUUAUUUAGAUAAAAAUAAAGAGGCAAGGGUCUACUGUCAUUUGUAUACAAUUCCUGUUACCGUGAAAAAAUAAAAAUGUUAACAGGAAUGCAGUGUGCUCGUUCUCCCUAUAUAGCAAAUCCCACUGUAUACAAAACUGUUCUCUUGUUCUGCCUUUUAAAUGUACAUGUAGAAAAUUACAUUAAGGAUCUAUAGAAAUAGCUCUAGGGGAACAAAUGUGCUUAAUGUAUAAAGGCAGACAACAGGGAUAUAAUGUUUUUAAUGUUUCAUUUCAGAAGCCUAACUUUUUACACAACAGUUACAUUUCACAUUUUCACUAAUGUUGAUAUUGGCUAAUGGUUUAGCAGACAGGUUUCUGAAAUACACAUUUGGUGUAUAGAAAUUCAAGACAGCUAAAGGGCUGUUUGAUUAACAUCUCAUCUUGCACUCUGAUCAAUUGGCAAGAAAAGAUUUCAAAAUUACAUUUCUGAAUAGUAUCUUUUCAAUUAAUGUAUCUGUAAAAGUUUCUCUGUAAAUAUGUGUUUUAGUGUGUCUAAGAUUCCAAACAAAAUGCUCCCUGCAUUUCCUCAAGAUGUUUAGUGAGUCUGGUAAGCAAAAGGCUGAGCAAGAAAUGGGAAAUGCAGAAAUAGGUUUUGUCUGGUUGCAUAUAAUCUUUGCUCUUUAAGCUCUGUGAGCUCUGAAAUAUAUUUUUGGGUUACUUCAGUGUGUUUGACAAGACAGCUUGAUAUUUCUAUCAAACAAAUGACUUUCAUAUUGCAACAAUCUUUGUAAGAACCACUCAAAUAAAAUUCUCUUAAAAAGGC